CUGGUUGACAUUUCAUACAGUCUUUUCACAGCUGCUGCAGUGAAUAACACAUCAGAUCAGACAGAGAACCAUCGACUUCAUCCCAUCAUCUGAUCACCAACUCCACAUCAUGAAGCUGCUUCUGACUCUGACCCUCCUCUGGACCAUCUACAGCAGCGCUGGAGCACUUCAGUGUUCCACGUGCUCUGGUUCAUGUACUAACCCAGUCCUUCUCAACUGUGCUAAUGGAGAGCAGAUGUGUGGAACGGCGUCUGUAUCAGCAAAUUUAACUUCACUAGCUGUUGGCACCCAACAGUUCUUCAGGGGAUGUGCUGGUUCCAACCUGUGUACGUCAGCAGGACCUCUAACAGCUUCACUUCAUGUUGGUGUUGCAUCUGUGCGCAUAUCAGCUGAGUGCUGUAACACAGAUAACUGCAACAACAAGACUCUGCCUGUCCCCAUCGCUCCUGCAAAUGUCGCAAACAGUCUGAAGUGUUUCACUUGUGAUCCAAUAACAUCUCAGUGCAACAUUACAAUACAGUGUGAAGGAGUGGAGGACCGCUGUUUCAAUACCAAAGUGUCGCUUCCAAGUUUUGGAGUCAACGGGACCAUCUCUGGCUGUGCCUCUUCAAACUUGUGCUCAAACUUUGCCAGUGCUGUGAUGCAAUUUGUGCCAAACAUUGGGAACAUCACCAGUGGACCCACCUGCUGCACGGGCAAUUUGUGUAAUUCUGCAACAACAACUUCCGGUCACUCCUGUUUCACACUGAGCCUGAUGCAUCUCCUGCUUGGAUUCUUAAUUUUUUCCUUUUUCUAGGAUUUUCCAUCUUUCAUGAAUCUGAAUCUUUUUCCAUCUGUCAUUUGUGUACGUUAUUUUGGGGUUUUAAACACAUACGUAUUUGUGUUGUAUUGAGCUUAAUUAAUCGAUCUUUACACAUUUGUGGCUAUUCUGUGAUUUCAAUUAUUGAAUCUGACUUGCUGAGAAUCCACAAAGCAUCAGGGCUCAUAUUCACAAAGCAUCCUAAGGCUCAAAGUAUUUCUUAGUGACGUCGUUCUCCUCCCUCUUCUUAACAGUUUUGCACCUUUGGAGCUCUGUUAAAGCAGAAGAUGCUUUGUGAAUAUCUUUUAUCUUCCAAGGGAAAAUUCUAAGAAAUGUCUGAGAAUUUGAGAAAUUCUAAGAUUUUUAUUUGAAUGACAUCACUAAGAGCUACUUCUACUCUUAGGAUGCUUUGUGAAAAUGGGCCCAGGUCUUUCAGAAGCUCACAGAAGAUGUCGAACCAAAUUCUCAUCAUCUCCACCUCAGACCUAAUGUGCUUCUGGAGAUGUGAUCUAGAAUUGCACAGAAAUAUCAUAUAUACUCAUGGGAGUGGAACUUUGUCACAUAAUCACGUAUCAGUCCUGACUGGAUCAUUUUAAGUACUUUAAAUGUGGAUAAAUGUCUUGGGGAUGACUGGGUAUUAAAUAAACAAAUGUUUGGGAUUUAAUGAGUGACAAUGUUAUCAAUUACUUGUUUUUUUCUUUUAUUAUCUAAUCUUGUCUUCUAUGUUUCAAUUGUAAUAAAAUGGAAAUUAGCUCAGUUAGUGUUUUAAUUUGCAUUUUAUUGGUUCUUUUCUUCAUUUUAUUGUAUUUUAAUUUGUCUUAUGUGUUUCAUCUACAGCACUUUGUGUCAGCUCUGUCUGCCUUAAGGUGCUUUAUUAAUAAAGUUGGUAUGUUAUGGUA